UUUUCUCCCACUGCUGUUGUUGGGGUCGAAAAAGAAGCGUCCCUAACCCAACCUGGAAAUUUAGCCGACUCCAUACGCGGCAUUUUUCACUUUUCACCGUCAAAUAAAGGAUUUUCAGGUCGAAGGAGCCGAUUUAUUGCCAGCAGUAAACCAUGUCGCGGCAUCGCGAGGCUGCAGUCGUUGAUUGCAAAGUUUACGUUGGAGAUUUGGGAUCUAAUGCGUCCAAACAGGAAUUGGAAGACGCGUUUAGUUACUACGGUCCAUUGAGGAAUGUGUGGGUGGCACGGAAUCCUCCUGGAUUUGCUUUCGUCGAGUUCGAAGACCCCAGGGACGCAGAAGACUCAGUCCGUGGCCUCGAUGGAAGGACAAUUUGCGGACGGCGAGUCAGGGUCGAGAUGUCUAACGGAAUGAGCAAGUCGCGUUUCCGUGGCGGAAGCAGCCGCAGGGGCCGCCCGUUCCACCCGGAAGACAGAUGCUACGAAUGUGGCGAAAGGGGGCACUACGCAAGAGACUGCUCUCGCUACAGCCGCCGUGGAGGUGGAGGAGGAGGCGGAAGCCGCCGCAGGUCGUACUCGCGUUCUCGAUCCCGCUCACGCAGCCGCAGCCGCCGCAGCAGAUCUGCCUCAAGGUCUGCAUCCAGGAGCCGCUCCAGGUCGCGCUCUGCACGCCGCUCUCCUGCCGAGAGGAAGAGUCGCAGCCCAACGCGCUCUAAAUCAAGAAGCCGCUAGCCAGAUUUUGACCUCACUGAAGCAAGCUGGUUUGGACAUGCAAUUCCAUUUAAUGCGUCAUAAAAUUAGUUUAGGUUUGCAGUUUUUAGGACGUCCGCUUAAUUAUGAUUUUACGUACAACGCUUUUGUAACAAAUGAUUGCACCAGGUGCUUUUGUUCAAGUGUGUACUCUCCCUAAGACAUUGGUAAUCAUGAUAAUGAAGAGAUACCAGUAUCCUACCAUACUGUAACUAUGAUAAAAUUGUCUAGACUCUAAUGUUUGAAUUUAACUACUUCAAUCAUAACCAAAUUGCAUCACUAUGAUGGGAGAAGUAAUCCAUUUUGCCUAUCAAUAGUUUUACAUGUUUUGGUUUUGGGAAUCAAUAAAUAUUCCAAUCACAAUCUAUCACAAAUUUA